UGAGAAUUAUCUCGAGUUUCUCAAAGCGUUCCUGUUGAGCUUAGUGUUGCCACGACUAAGGAAUGAUUUGUCAAGUGACGCUCUACCAUGGAGGGAGUUCUAUAUAAAUGGACUAAUUAUAUCAGUGGUUGGCAGCCCCGUUGGUUUGUUUUGGAAGGAGGCACCCUUUCCUACUAUGACUCCCAAGAAGAUGCAUGGAAAGGAUGCAAGGGCAGCAUCAAAAUGUCUGUGUGUGAAAUACAAGUUCAUCCAUCAGAUUUCACAAGGGUGGAUCUGGUCAUUCCAGGAGAACAAUACUUUUAUCUCAGGGCAAUUAAUGCAGCAGAGAGGCAGAAAUGGCUUGUGGCAUUAGGAACUGCAAAAGCCUGUCUCACAGACAACCGAACCAAGAGAGAGAAGGAGCUACAGGAGAAUACGGUGGCUCUGAAAACAAAAAUGUCUGAGCUGAGGCUGUACUGUGACCUUCUCCUCCAGCAAGUGAACAAAAUAAAAGAUGAUCCUCUGGCUGAAAAAAUGGACAAUUCUGGGGAGGGAGGAGAUGAGACGGGAAGUCUAGUGAAGUCCACAUGCACCACCUUCUUGAAGACUCUAGAAGAGUGUAUGCAGAUCGCCAGCCGGACCUUUAACCCUGACCUCACUGGUCGAACUCCUCCAGGCUCUCCCCCUGUGGCUACCAUCAAACCUCAGAAGAUCAAACUUGCUGAUUCAAAAAAUCAGUACCCUGGAGAAAAACAGAAGGACUCAAUAAAAAUAUCAGGUAGUACAUCAGCACAUGAGAGUGGACAAGAAAAUGAACCAGAUCCAUGUACACAAGAGAACAAACCAACAUCUCCUACAGGAAGCAGUUUAAAUGAGGAACAUGAAGAACCCUUGAAGCCUUACAAUGGUUCUUCAUCAAGCACAAAAGACGCUGAAGAGACUAUAUCUCCUGCAGGAGAGGAAAAGAAGGACCGACCGACAGAAGAAGCAGACUACGCAAAAGAAGAUCAACCGAGCACUGCACAGAACAAAGAGCAAAAGGUCAAUGAAGAAAUGUAUAAUGUAGAAGUGAAUAAACCUCAGUCUGAUGGCAAACAUGAUGAGGAAGAUGAGGUGGAUACAUUCUUCAGUACCAUGAGCCACAGAUUUAGUGAUAUAAUUCUGGAAGACGGCAUUGGUAUUCCUACACAGGCCUUUUUGGAUUCUUGCUAUGCUAUAGUACCAGUUUUAGACAAGCUUGGACCAACUGUCUUUGCUCCAGUUAAAAUGGAUUUUGUGGGAAAUAUUAAGAGAGUCCAACAGAAGGUGGUGUCAGAUCCUGAGAGUUUCCCCACUCUGCAGAGCAUCGUGCUGCAUGAGGUGAAGACAGAGGUUGCACGGGUGCGAAAUUCAGCCACAGAAGCACUGCUUUGGCUCAAACGUGGUCUGAAGUUUCUCAAAGAAUUCCUCUCUGAAAUCAACACAGGGGAGAAGGAUGUGCAAGGAGCUCUUAAUAAUGCAUAUGGAAAAACACUAAGGCAAUUUCAUGGAUGGGUUGUGCGAAGCGUUUUUGCACUGGCUCUACGGGCCACCCCAUCCUAUGGGGGCUUCAUGGCUGCUCUGGUCUCUAAUGAAGGCGAUGAGUUGAAGGAGGGCUUCACCACAGGCAUGCAUAGAGACCUGGAGAUCUACCUGCCUGCAAUGGAAAAACAGCUGUCCAUCUUGGACUCUCUCUAUGAGGAGUACGGCCUGGAAUCAGAUGAGAUUGUGUGACUAAAACAUUCAAACCCGCACAGUGAAUAGAGCUUGGUGCUGACAAAGCUGAUCAGUGUUCCAGCAGUGGAGUUGUACACUCUCUCUCGCUUGCAGUGAUAACCAAGCCUGAUUUGUGGAGGUUUGUGUUUAAGAAGGCAGGGAAGUUUCUGUAAGGCCAGGCUUGAUAUUACUGACCAAUAGUGUGCGUGUUAUAAAAUGUGACAUUUGCAGACUCCGACUCAAACACCAAUAACAGAUUUCCCUGUAAAAUGUAAAAAGCCACUUCAAACUUGCACUGAUCAGCCACAACAUUAAAACCAC